AUGAUUAUUGGCGGGGCAGAAAUUCCCCGAGGUCUGAUGAUGAAGAGGACAAAGGUCUCGAUUACUAAUGAAAAAAUAACCAGGGAUUACAUACCGGAGAGGUCCAUUUCCUUCAGUGAUGAAGAUACGGAGGGCAUCAUUCAACCCUACAAUGAUGCUUUUGUAAUUUCUGUCCUCAUUAAUAAAUCUCAAGUUACGCGUAUUUUGAUUGAUCCAGGUAGCUCAGCUAAUAUUAUCCGUUGGAAAGUGGUAGAGCAGGUGAGGUUGUUGGACCAAAUUGUGUCGGCAGCUCGAGUUCUCAAUGCGUUCAACAUGGAAUGUGAAACUACGAAGGGUGAAAUCACUCUGCCGGUGAAUAUUGCCGGGACGGUUCGACAAAUGAAGUUCUAUGACAUUGAAGGAGAGAUGAGAUACAAUGCAUUGCUUGGUAGGCUGUGGGUGCAUGACAUGAGGGAAGUAUCCUCGACGUUACACCAAAUGUUGAAGUUUCCAACCUCGGAGGGGGUAAAAACAGUUCAUGGGGAGCAGCCAGUGGCAAGGGAGAUGUUUGCAGUUAAAGAAGCAACUCUACGACCAAAGAAACUGCCAUUACGGGCCGUAGGAGAAUCAGUCAAAGACAAAGAUGCUAAAUAG